GGGGUCUGGCGCCGGGGCCGGCCCCGGGGCGCUCAGCGCUGAGGGAAGCGGCGGCGUGCGGCCAGGCGGCGGAGCGGAGCGGCGGGUAGCGGUUCGCAGCGGACGCGGCUAUGGCGGACAAGCAGGGAGCGAGAGCGGACCGCAGCCGGCAGGUCCCGGACACUUUCAGCGAAGAGAUCAACCCUGGCCUUGGUGUGUGUGGAUGGCUGCUAGUGAUCUUUUCAUUCUUCUUCGUCCUUAUUACCUUUCCAAUCUCAAUCUGGCUGUGCAUAAAGAUCAUAAAGGAAUAUGAGCGAGCCAUCAUCUUUAGACUUGGACGCAUCGGAAGGGGGGGAGCAAAAGGACCAGGUCUAUUCUUCAUCCUGCCCUGCACAGACAGCUUCAUCAAGGUGGAUAUGAGGACAAUCUCAUUUGAUAUACCUCCUCAGGAGAUCCUUACCAAGGACUCUGUGACAGUUAAUGUGGAUGGAGUGGUUUAUUACAAAGUUCAGAAUGCCACCCUGGCUGUUGCAAAUAUCACAAAUGCUGACUCGGCCACCCGGCUCCUGGCACAAACCACCCUGAGGAAUGUUCUGGGGACCAAGAACCUCUCUCAGAUCCUGUCUGAUCGAGAAGAAAUUGCACACAGCAUGCAGGUCACACUCGAUGAGGCAACAGAUGAAUGGGGGAUUAAGGUGGAACGUGUGGAGAUUAAGGAUGUGAAGUUACCAGUCCAGCUACAGAGAGCAAUGGCUGCUGAAGCAGAAGCUGCCCGGGAGGCAAGAGCCAAGGUAAUUGCGGCUGAGGGUGAAAUGAACGCCUCCAGGGCCCUGAAAGAAGCCUCUAUAGUUAUUUCAGAGUCCCCUGCUGCCCUUCAGCUUCGUUACCUUCAGACUCUGACCACCAUCGCUGCAGAGAAGAACUCCACCAUCGUCUUCCCCCUGCCCAUAGACAUGCUGCAGGGCAUCAUAGGUGCAAAAUGCUAAACUUGUUGGGAUGUAGUGGAAGAGGGAUCUUCCCCAGCAGGGCUGAUCUGUGAAAACAAUUUAGCUGUUAAAGCUUAAAGCAAUGUUCGCAGAGGGGAUCUUUAAGGGGGCCUUUUUUGUGUGAUACUUGAGUGUGUAUGUGACUGAUCAAAAUCUUCCGCAGUUUAUAUAAACAAACUCUACUCUUAAUUUAAAAUAGAUGCUUAUUUUAAUGUUCCUGUGGAUCACAAGCUUUUGUAACCUGCACACACAUCCUGUUUGCAAAUGGUAUGACCACUUUGUGUGACAAGCUCAGUUUUGGAAGGGCUGUGAGAUGAUCACUCACCAGAGAAGUGGUUACCUCUCAUCAGCCACACACACUCUCUGAGGUGAUGUUCCCUUUAGAGAAAAGGGUCCCUAGCGCUGGGUGUGGAGGGAAAAUGGCCCCUUACCACUUGCUUUGUGGCCAAUAGCCUUCUAAGUUGGAAUCUCUUGGAAGCCACACAGACUGCUCCUUCAGUUUUUCCCAUUUGCUCAAGUAAAACAAUGCGUAUACUCAAUAUCUCUGAAAAUCAGGUCAGUGGCUUCUUAAAAUGGAGUCUUCCCUCUUGCAAGAUGCAGCAGUUUGCCAGCACUGCUGAAAUGAAACUUUCCACCCCUGUAACAGCAGAAAAGGUAUGAGCACACUAUAGUUAUAGAUACGUUUGUAUACGCUAUCCAGUUGUCACAGUUUGUGUGGCUGUCUAUUGGUUAAUGCCUUUUUUUAAAGCACUUAAAAUGUCUCUGGAUCUGCCUUUAUUUGUGCAUCCUCUUUUUCAAGGAAUGUUCCUUUUUUUAAAAAAAAAAAAAAUUCUGAGUUUCAUUUGUAAAUAAGUAGCCUUUUUGGUCUUGAUUUUAAAUAUGCUUGUAAACAAUUCGAAGUGCUAUAUGUUAGUCCUAAGACUUGCAUCUCUUGCAAAUAAGGUAAUUUUAAAGUCUUGUACUUCAUUUUUUAUAAAAGAUCUAUAUGCAGCUUUUCUGUCCGGUAGAGGAAAUUUUUGACUAUUCUUACGUGUUUUUUGCUGAAAAGCAACAUUUGACAUUUAACACUUACAGUUGUGAUUGCAUACUAUGUGAAGAUUUCAUAACCUUUUACAUUUUGUCUUGGUAAUCUUAGUGCAGUGUAUGUGUGGUACAAAUUAAACAUUUCUAUGUUCCAGUGAUAACUCUGCUAGCAUCAUUAUCUUGUUUUAAAGAAUCAUGCAAGAAAAGACAAUUAGCUAUUUGGUCCACCAUUUCAAAAUUCAGUCAACUCCCCUCUUUUUCUGAUCUCAAAAUUGGAUUCCUUAUUUGUAGUUUGGAUUCGCUUUGACUCCCUUACUAAUGUAAUACUAGAAGUUUCAUUGCUUUGAUUUUUACAAUUGGUUUUGCUCUGUGCAGUGCUACUGGUUUUACAAAUCUGUCUCAUCUGACAAAGCAAAUGAUCACAACAGAGAGAGCAAACAGGCAAUAAAUAUUCUCACCGUGAUUUGCUAAAUCAGAAGCACAUGGCUUCUUCAGUUCUGCUCAUCCUUGCCUUCAUGUGUAUAUCUGUGAAAUGCACAGCCAUAUCUUGCACCUGUUUAGCAGAUGUAAUUAGAGAUUGUGGUGAGAUGUUGAGUCAGAUUCUGCACUGGAACAACUCCACUGAACUGGGCCCCUCAUCUUUAAGCAUGGGUAGCUGGAGUGCAGGACAAAAAUAAACAUAAAGAAAAUGAUGCAUGGAUUCCAGAAGUGCCCUUGUUCUCACACUGCCCUUAAUAAAGUAUGUAUUUUCUUGUUUAA